CCCUGAGUUAGCCUAUUUGUUUGUUGCAGUUGAGAAAUUAUAUUUCCAGUUACUAGAAGGCUGAAAAUAUCCACCCAGGCUAGAAUAUGGGUUUAACAAAACCCCAGACAAAAAACGUGCUGGGGACAAUUGUGCAAAUGAAAUUCCAAUCUCCAGUGUGCCUUUCCCUCUUUAUCCAGUGUGGGCUCCAGAGUGGUAUCUUCCCCCCAAAUCCAUUCUGCCCCCAAUCAUGCCCUGCACACUUACUCAAUAGCCUCACAUUCUAGACUUCUUAUGAUGAGAGGGGUCCCAUGUAAACUAUGAGAGCGUUUGGAUUUCUUAUAAAAUAAUUAGGGGUGUGUCUCUUUAAAACUCUAACCUCAGACAACUCGCCUGUUGCUGUGGCAUCCAAACCACGCCUCCCUCCCCCUCCUGAACGUGUGCGCCUGCGCAGUAGCGCUUGCUCGCUGGGGGACCGUUUAAAGCAGUGGUGUUUUUUAAAUCCCACUUCGCUUGCGCGCGCAGGGCGGUUGGUUGCCCGGGGUGUCACCUGAUUGGUUGAGCGGUCGAGUCGAAACGGGGUGCUGAUUGAGCGACCGCAAAAAGAAGUGGGCGGAAUGCAGGCUGCGCCUCCUGAUUGGGGGAUUGAAGGCAGCAGUCAUGGAGGCUAUUUAUGCUGUUUCAGAUCACCAAACAGAUCCUAGAAUUGCUUCAAGCAGGAUGGUACCAUUCAGUUUUCCUCUAUCAAAAUGUGCACUUUGGGAUCCAACACCUGUGGGAGAUGUUAUUGGCGCACACAUCAGUUAUUACAGAAAUCCCAAACUAUUGAUGAUGGAGAAGGCUCUUCGUCUUGCCUAUCGCCAUGCUAAGCAGAGUGAAAGAAAGUUCUUUUCCUGUUUUUUGCUUGGGACUCUUGCAGUGGAUGAAGAUGAUGAAGGUGUAUCACUGACAAUAGACAGAUUUGAUCCCGGUCGAGAAGUAACUGAUGGUUCAGGGAAAGUCCCCACAGCACCUCUUCCUGGAGACUUUUUGAUUCCAUGUACAAUUAGUGCUCGGGGAUCUUCCUCUGGAGAUAUUAUAGUGCACAAUUCUGAAGACUUCAACUUAGCUUUUAAGGGACUUGAACACAGUUUGUGCAGUAGAGACUCUUUGGAUCUUUCCAAACUGCUCCCCGUAAGAGUUCACAUUGCUUCAACAGAGAACAUGGACAAUCUAAACUUUGAUUUUCACUGGGCAGCUGUUUCUAUAACAAAUACUUUAGAAUACACUCCUGUAAAAUCUGUCCCAAUUAUUCCUACAGCCCUGGCAAGAAACUUGAGCAGUCAUAUGAAUAUUGCACAGAUUCAGGGGACUUAUAAAUGUGGAUAUCUUACAAUGGACCAAACCCGAAAACUACUUCUGGUGCUGGAAUCUGAUCCCAAGGCUUAUGCUUUCCCAUUGGUUGGAAUUUGGCUGAGUGGCAUCACUCAUAUCUACAAUCCACAGGUCUGGGCCUGCUGCCUGCGUUAUUUGUUCAGUUCUUCAAUUCAAGAAAGGGUUCUUUCGGAGUCUGGAAGUUUCCUGAUUGUUCUCUAUUCGCUGACCCACAAGGAACCAGAGUUUUAUGAGUGCCUUCCGUACAGUGGGCAAACUGAACUAGGGUUUCAGCUACUAACAAGUAAAGAAACAUUACAUCUCUUCAAAAAUGUUCAACCUUCAGACAAGCACCCUAUUCAAUUUGAGCUGAAUGCAGAAAAACAAAAUGCAGAAACUGAGUUCUUCAGCAAAGUUUCCAUGAAUCUUUCCAUUAGAAGUCCUCCUCAAGGCUCUUCCCCCAGCAAAUUGUCAGUAAGUGAUCAUGACUCAGGUGUGGAAGAUGAAGAUUUAUCUCCAAGACCAAUUCCAAGUCCUCUUCCAGUGAGUCAACAGGUUACUAAGAUCCAUCCUUCGGUUCCUGAACUUUCCCUUGUCUUUGAUGGCAGCUUCAUGGAACCAAAACCAAUGUCUCAGCCUAUGGAGACUAUGAAUAACAAAAAUCAACCGCUGCUGGUACCUCAGCCUAAUAAAAAGACCUAUUCAACAGGACCAUUAUACCAAAAUCAAUGCUUUGAUAACAAUAAACAAAGCUUCAGCACCCAUGCUAGACAUUCUUCAUUGAGAAGGUUACAGAGCCAAUUAAACCAGAUAACUCCAACUUUAAAACCUUGCAGAGGAAAGCAGCUGCCACUACAGCAACAGCCUAAUUGUAGGAGAGUUGGCCUUCAAACAAGAAAGAGUUCUGGAUCCUCUUCCUCUUCAUCAUCCCCUUCCCCUUCAACACCUCGCAGUGGGCCCUCACCUAAUACAUCUGUGCAUCAACCCAGGAUGCCAUCUGAAAGGCUUGUAUCAAAUCCUGAUAGAGCCACACAAAGAAAAGGGAAACCUCCAGCAACGAGUCCCUCAACAUCUAAUUCUAAGCAGCCUCCUGGUGCCACACAGCCUCUCCAGUACAACUUUGCUUUUUCACAUCAGAACUCAAGAAGACCAACAGAACUGCAGAUGCCUGUCCCUCAAAUGCCAUCUUGCUGUCCAGCUGGUGUAUGUAGUUGUCCACUUCAUGGACAUAUCCAAUACAGUUCAACAAAUGCUUGGCAAGGACUGGUUAAAAUGGGCACCAAUGAUGCAGAAAUCCAAUCUGAUGUUCCUCAAGAGAGCGCGUAUUCAGUUUUCCAGCAAAAUGUCACUUGUCCAAAUACUUGCUGUAGUCCAAUACAUACCCCAAGUAGUUCUGUAACUCAUGGGUACAAUGGGAAAAUGGGGAGUUGUUCUCCCCUUGGUAGCAGUUUAUCACCUGGGUCAAGACUUUCUUCACAUCCAAGCCCUUGCCAUCUCCAGUCUUGUGCAGCGCAUUCAGAAUGCACACAUGCACCUGCCCCUAAAAUGGGGUCAAAUAAUGGAAUGAUGGGAUUAUCUCCAGAUGCUUACAGGAUUCUUACAGAACAAGACAGGCAGCUGAAAUUACUUCAAGCUCAGAUCCAGCGUUUGUUGGAAGCACAAACUCUUCAACCUUGUGAGAAGCAGUUGGAAUUCGUUGCCAUGGAAACACAAUCUUCCCAAGGUUUGCACAUGAGAAAAAGUGUGAGCAUUGCUGUAAGCACAGGUGCUAGCUUAUUUUGGAAUGCACCAUGUGAAAAGCAAGAAGACUCUGUGUGUCCAGUUAAACAAGAUGACACUGAAAUAUCUAAAGAAGAUAUAAGCAUUUCUAUUAACAGUGAGCAAGAUACAAGUAAUACAAGUAUUGCCUCCUCAUUAAAGGCUGUUGACAUACCCAGCUUCGUAGAAAGUUGCCAUGUUGCAGAAGAAGGAACUAACCAGGAUGGACUCAGAAAUGAGCUAGUUUCCCCAGCAUGUGCUCCGAAUUCACUGUUGGAAGAAAGUGUUAGCAUGUGUUUACAGUCGGGACCCACGGAGGGAGCUAACUACCACAUGGUGGCACCAAAUGAAUCACAAGCUGAGCAUGCUGGUCCAUCACUACCUAGACACCCAUCCGAUGAUCAGAAGUUUUACCAGGAUAUAUUGGGUCAAGUAAACCACUUCUUAAAGUCAUCCUGUGAAGAAAGUGAUCCUCCAUCUACAAAACAAACAAUGGUCAACAAUGAUGGUACCAUAUGUCGGAAUAUUAAUGACCCAAAGGAAAGGAGUUCAGUAUCUGACCCAGGCCUGACGGAUAAAGAGAGCGUGAUUAGUGCAACCCUUAAGCAAUUAAGGAACCUUGGUGUGAAAAUUGAAUCACCUGACAAAAUGAAGAAAAAUGCACACAAAGUAGAGAAUGCCAGCGUAUUGGCCUGCAUAAAUCCUGAAGCAGUGGUCUCUGGACUAAACUACAUGUCAUUUGUUAAUGUUGGCAUGAGUGGGUUAACUCCCAAUGGAGUUGAUCUGAGUAUGGAGGCAAAUGCAAUAGCACUCAAGUAUCUAAGUGAAAGUCAACUGACACAGCUUUCUCUCAGUCACACAAGUGAAAAAAACUCUGAAGAUUCGUCUUUCCAAAACCUUUUACAUGCAAAUAUGGACAAGAGCAUGAUGGGUCUUAGCUUAAUUUCGCCAAACAAUAUGUCCUUUGCAACCAAGAAGUACAUGAAAAGAUAUGGGCUCCUACAAAGCAAUGACAAUAGCGAAGAUGAAGAGGAGCUACAAACUCAGAACUGCAGCAUCUCUAAUAUUAGCAAGAGUGAAGAUGUGUUACAGAGAAACUUUAAGCCCAUGUUGGAGGGUUUUAACUUCUGGAAAGAAUCUUCUGAAGGAGUUUGUGAAAGAUUAUCCAUUAACCUGAAACCUUACAAGGAGUCAACUGGAAGUUACUCUCUAUCAAAAUCCGAUGGUCCUGUAUUGAGAAAUAUUACAAAUGAGAUCUGUCCUCCAAAAAUAGAUCAUCAGCCACAUGAGAAUUCACAGCAGAUUCUGAAGGACUUAAAGCCAAAAACCGAACUUGUAGCUGGGAAAGUAGAGUUCACUCAGCAACCUGACAGGGAGAACCUGGGAAAUGUUCGGAUCUUCUCUGAAAAUCUACAAACUCCCACCCUUGAGACAUUAAAUCAGGCAGACAGCAUGAGUUCAGUUGGUACCUUUCUCGAUGUAAAACACCUCAGACAGUUGCCAAAAUUGUUCUGAACCUUUUUUGAGGAGGGGGGGUGGAAAAGACUGGCAACCAGCAUUUCUUGGAUUUGAAGGCUUCUGAAGGUUGGACAAGAUUAGAAGAAGCCAACGAUUACGUUGCCUUUAUAGGUUACUUAGCUUUCUUGGCAACAAAGGGCUAACAAAACUGAGUAUGUCAUACAGUGCUGGUCCACCAGAUGCUCAGCUGACCAGGAUUUGGCUGUCAGAUUUUUAAAGUACAUAUGUACUUUUGUUUACAGUUUGGAUACACUUUUAAUAUCCAAAAGGUCAAUCAAUUUAGAAUGUCUGGACAUAAGGUGUGCUCCAAUGUAUUUUUAAUGAUGCCUGUUUCUUAACUUUUCAAUUAUUGCAUUUUUUUUUAAAGCAUCAUUGACAUUUUUAUACAUUUGUGCCAACUUUGAGCUAUAGGGUAUAAUGUGUAGGUGGGAGUUUAAACUCAAAUAGAAUGAACACAAUGACUGACUUCAAGUCUACCCAAGCAUAUGGCAGGGUUACUGUAUGUGGAAAAGCAUAACCUUGACUUCAAUUAGUAUAAAAUUAUUUAAAAUUGAGCCACAAUUGCACAUAUAAUAGACAUUAAAUGUAUCAUGAAAACCCAAGAAGGUCAGUAAAAUUAGCACUAAAUGUUUAUACCUUUUUUGUGUUUUUUUUUCUUUCUACUGAAUGAGUGUCUAUUUAUUUGGAAAGUACACAUUAAUCAUAAAAGACCAAGCAAAUCUGUAUGAUACAAAACUGAACUAUUGAUCUGUUGCUUAUUUACAUUUGAUGUGGUGUUUAAUCCUUGUUAAAACACUUACAAUAUAGCAAUCACAGUUAACUGUUAAAUGAGUGACUAACCUUAAGUAAAAUUGCAAGUACGCUGUCUCACUUGGUUUUCAAACUUUUUAACAAUUCUUGAGUUCAAGAAAGACAAGCAAACUAAUUGGUUUACUUUGUUCUUCUGUAUUAAUAUGUAAAUUAACCUGUCAUCAACACUCUGGAGUGCAUUACUGAAAUAGCCUUUUUUUUUUUUUAAUCCUAUAAGAUAUAUGUUUGUUGAGUUCAUGAAUCUAAUAAAUUAUUCAUUUUUUCUUUAACUGGUC